CAAAAUCUGGCCAAACUUUGGCAUCCUUUCUUUCUGGGUUAGAGUUCCCAGCAGGACAACAUGUCCCUCUGCCUCUUCCUCCUAUGGCUCAUCACCAUCCCUCUCCUCGCCUACUCUCAAAGUAACCCUAGAGGGUACCUCCUCAACUGUGGAGCUGGGCCGUCGCCUGGCAACGACGUAACAGUAGGGAGUCUGAAAUACACCACAGACGAGGGCUUCAUAUCGGUGGGAAACACCAGCACCAUCAAACAGGAUGGCCUAGUGCCCAUACUCACCACAUUGCGCUAUUUCCCAAACAAGUCCGCACGUAAGUACUGCUACGCUAUCCCCGUGAUCAAAGGAGGGAAGUAUCUCGUUCGAACCACGUACUAUUAUGGCGGUUUUGAUGGCGGGAAGGAGCCUCCGGUGUUUGAUCAGAUUGUGGAGGGGACUAAAUGGAGUGUGGUUAACACCACGGAGGACCAUGCCAAUGGGAUGAGCUCGUAUUAUGAGAUUGUGGUGCAGGCUAAGGGAAAGGCCUUAAGUGUGUGCCUUGCGAGGAAUAACAUGACAGCAUCGGGUUCUAGCCCCUUUAUCUCAGCUCUUGAGCUGGAGUACAUGGACGAUUCAGUGUACAACGCCACGGAUUUUAACAAGUAUGCGCUUACCACGGUGGCCCGGAGUAGCUUUGGAGAUGACGGUGACAUAAUUGGCUUUCCAGACGACAAAUUCAACCGAUUAUGGCAACCUUAUAAGGACCAGAACCCUGUUGUGACCAGCAAGUAUAAUGUAACUCCCUCCGAUUUCUGGAACAUCCCGCCAGCAAAAAUAUUCCAAAAUUCUGUCACAAGCAGCCGAGGGAAGCCACUGCAAAUCAAAUGGCCAGCCGGGUCACUUCCCAGUGCAAGCUACUACAUUGCAUUAUAUUUCCAGGACAACAGAAAUCCAAGUCCACAUAGUUGGAGAGUCUUUAAUGUUUCUGUGAAUGACAAGAACUUCUAUGCCAAUGUUAAUGUCAGCACCAGAGGCUUAACAGUUUAUGCACCGCAAUGGCCGCUAUCCGGGCAGACUCAGAUUGUCCUAACUCCUGGCCAGGGCAUACUUGUUGGGCCUGUCAUCAACGCCGGUGAGAUCAUGCAGAUUCUGCCUCUUGGAGGAGUGACUGUCAAUAGAGAUGUUGGGGCAAUGAAUGAGUUGAGAAGAUAUUUCGACAAUCCACCUCCCGAUUGGAGUGGCGAUCCUUGCCUGCCAGGAGAGAAUUCAUGGACUGGUGUUACAUGUUCUCAUGGAAAGAAUUAUCGAGUAACAGCUUUGAAUCUAACUGGCAUUGGGCUAUCUGGGUCACUGGCACCAAACAUAGCAAAUUUGACUGCUCUACGCCAUAUUUGGUUUGGGGGAAACAAACUUUCAGGCAACAUUCCAGAAAUGGGCUCAUUGAAGGAGUUGCAGAGUUUGCAUUUGGAAAACAACCAGCUUGAAGGACUAAUUCCUCAAUCAUUACGAAAACUUCCAAAACUACAAGAGAUUUUCCUUCAGAAUAACAAAGUUAAGGGCGAUGUCCCCCACACGCCACAGGAUAAAAAGAAGAACAUUCAGUUGAAGAACGACCCUGAAAGUGGAUCGCAGUCUCCAGCUAGGAUGUAAUAGAACUGUAAGAGUCGAAUGACAGGAAUGGAUCGACAAGGCGUGGAGAGAUGUCAGAAAAAUUUAGACCCCUGCUUCAGUAAUAGUUUGGUUGGGGAAGGUCUUCAUGUUUAUGGCUCUCUCUUUUUUUCUCUCUCCAAAUGUCAGCCCCAUAAUUCGAAAACCAACAAACAAACCAAGUGCAGCAUAUGCAAUAUGAUUAAUUAACAUGUACAUCACUAACAUGCCAUACAGAAAUUACUUAACUGCUAAUGAGAAUGUUAUGAAAACCAAAUAGGACAGGAAGCUUCUGAUUUUUUU